AUGAAGGCAAAUCACCUUCCAAAAUCUAGUGGAAAGCCUUCCCAGAAGAGUGGCAGCAAAGCGAGGACCAAGUCCGUGUUUGGAAUGGGCACGUAUGGGAAAUCAAGCACUAAGUCAACGAAGAAGGAGCAGGUCAAGGCCACUGAGGUGAUGGCAGAAGCAGCCUAUACGGUGCCAGCCUUCAGAGAGAGGGAACCUGAAGGAAUGGAGGAAUAUCAGCGUGUGUCCUCUCGUCUUGAGAGGAAUCUGACUGCCCUACAGGAAGAGCUGCACAGCAUGAGGGUGUCCACUCAUGAGCAAGUGGUCAAUAUUGAGAUUACAAAUGAGGUGAGGGCAAUGAAGUACAUCAGGAGAGAGCUUCCUACUGAGAUUCCUAAAGCCCCAGAAUUUCUGUUGGGUCUGAGAUCUCAUACCGUCUGGGAGAAGACUCCAGUCAAGCUCUUCUGCACUGUCGCUGGCACCCCCACCCCCAUCGUCCAAUGGUAUAAGAAUGGUGUUCCUGUUGACCCUCUGAAUGCCCCUGGAAAAUACAAAAUCGAAAACAAAUAUGGAGUUCAUAGUCUGAUUAUUAGCAGAUGCACAAUAGCUGAUUCUGCUGUGUACAGCGCUGUGGCUACCAGCUCUCAGGGAAAGGGCAUCUCUAAGGCCACAGUCUGUGUGAGAAGACCAUCUGGGGCCGCAGAGAGCUCUUAUCUCCCAGGCCAAGCACCCUUGCCUUCUUCUAUCCAGCGUAGCAAGCUUGAAGUGUCCCUGUUCGAUAGAUUUGGAGUGACAUUUGGCACAGAGGGCGAGUCGUUGACUCUGGUGGCGAACAUGGUGGUGGUGCCUGACCUUCCUAAUCUGCCACCAGAGGUUAUGUGGUAUAGAGAUGAUACUCUACUGAUGCCAUCUCGAUGGGCUGAGAUGCAUGUUGGUGGGGGGGUUGCCAAGCUGACUCUUCCUCACCUGAACAAGGAUGAUGAGGGUCUGUACACUCUGCGCAUCUGGACCAAGAAAGGAACCACUGAGCACAGCGCCUACCUGUUUGUCAAGGAUGCUCCACCCACAGUAGCUGGAGCUCCAGGAGCUCCCAUGGACGUCACAGUCUCUGAUGCCAAUAAGGAUUAUGUCCUCGUCUCCUGGAAGCCUCCCAACACCACUCAUGAGUCACCCAUCACUGGUUACUUUGUGGACAGACGCAAAUCCGGAACGAAAGACUGGGUCCAGUGCAACAGCACCCCUGUGAAAUUGUGCAAGCUUCCUGUGCAUGAACUCACCGAGGGGGAGUCCUAUCACUUCCGAGUUCGGGCUGUGAACAGCGCAGGCAUCAGCCUGCCCUCCAGGAUGUCCUCUGGAGUCACUGCUGCUGAUGUAGAAAGUGAUGUGGAAGGAGUUCCAUCAGCUCCGGGUAAGGUCAUUGCUUCUAGAAACACCAAAACUUCCGCAUUUGUGUACUGGGAUCCUCCCAAACAGGGCAAAAACCUCAUGGGCUAUUAUGUGGAUUGCUCUGUGGUUGGGUCCAAAGUUUGGAGCCCCUGUAAUCACAGGCCCUACAAGCAUACCAAGUUUGUGGUCCAUGGCCUGACUCCUGGUGAUACGUAUAUAUUCCGUGUCCAGGCAGUGAAUAUCUGCGGUCUGAGUGAAGAGUCUCAGGAAUCCGCUCCACUCUUCAUUGAUUCUGCUCUCGCUGUUCCCUCUGCCCCACACGGCAUCACUCUGCUCAGCUGUGAUGGAACCUCCAUGACCCUGACCUGGAAACGCCCUAAACACACAGGUGGGAGCAGGAUCACAUCCUACUACCUGGACAAACGUGAAGCAGACUCUGUACUGUGGAAGGAGGUCAGCUCAAGACCUGCCACGAGCAGGGUUUAUAAGGUGGAGAAUCUGACUGCUGGAAAGUUCUACGAGUUUAAGGUUCAAGCUGGCAAUAUGGCUGGUGUUGGUCUGGCAUCUGAGCCCAGCGUGCCAUUUGCUUGUGAGGCCUGGACCAUGCCUGAGCCUGGUCCUGCAUAUGACGUCAGUUUCUGGGAGGUGCGAGAUGAUUCCCUCCUGGUGCAAUGGAAGGCUCCAGUAUAUGGUGGGUCCAGCCCCAUCACAGGUUACUUUUUGGAAAUGGCCAAGAAGGGAUCCUCUGAUUUUGUCGCAGUGAAUGCUGAGGCUGUGAACCAUUGUUACUUGAAGGUGACUGGUCUGGAGACAGGAGCAUCAUAUGUGUUUAAAGUACGUGCAGUUAAUGGCUCGGGUAAAGGAAAGGCCUCAGAUGUGUCUGAGGCUGUGUGUAUUAAAUCUGUGCCAGGUACAAAGGAGAUAGUAUGUGGUGUGGAUGAAGAGACUGGAGAUGUUUUCUUGUCCUUUGAGGCUUGUGAGAUAUCUGAGCACUCCAAGUUUAUUUGGUCAAAGUCCUACAAAGAAAUUGCUGAAUCCAAGAGAGUCACUGCCUCAGCUGUCGGAAGAACCUCCAAGCUGACGUUUGUAAACCCUGAGAAGGAAGAUCUGGGUCUCUACUCUGUGGCUGUGACUGAUACAGACGGAGUGUCCUCCAGUUACACCCUCAAGGAAAAGGAACUCCAAAAAAUGCUGGAGCUCAGCUACAACAUCAGACAUCCAAUUGUUCCGCUGAAGACAGAGCUGAACUACGAAGUUCUUGAGAAGGGUCAUGUGCGUUUCUGGCUGCAGGCCAAGAAACUGUCCUCUGCUGCAUCCUACAGGUUCAUCGUUAACAAUAAGGAGGUCAUUAGUGCUGAGGGUCACAAGAUCAGCCAUAAUGCUUCCACUGGAGUUAUUGAGAUGGUGAUUGAGCACUUCACCAGGGCCAACGAGGGCACAUAUACCCUUCAGAUCCAUGAUGGAAAAGCCAAGAACCAAAGCUCCCUGGUGCUUGUGGGAGAUGUCUUCAAGGCUGCACUGAAGGAGGCAGAAUUUCAGAGAAAGGAACACCACAGGAAACAAGGUGCUCAUUUCUCAGAGUACCUUUCUUUCCAUGUGGAUGAGGAGUGCACUGUUAAGCUUGUAUGCAAGUUGGCCAAUGUAAGGAAAGACACCACAUUCACCUGGUUUAAAGAAGAUGAAGAAAUCACUCUUGAUGUCGCACCCAACCCAAUGUCUGGAUCCUGUGUUCUUCCUAUCCCCUUGUUUUCCAGAAAAGACCAGGGCAUUUACAAAGCUGUACUGAGUGAUGAUCGUGGAAAGGAUACUUCUGUUUUUGACAUUUCUGGUCACGUAUUUGAGGAUAUCAUCAAUGCCAUUGCCUGCAUUUCUGGCUCUUCUGCCUCUGAACUGAUGUUGCAGUGCACACCAGAAGGCAUCAGACUGCAGUGCUAUAUGAAAUACUACACAGAGGAAAUGAAGACCAGCUGGUUCCACAAGGAAAGUAAAAUCGCCUCUUCAGAGAAGAUGAGGAUUGGCGGCACGUCUGAAAUGGCCUGGAUGCAGAUCUGUGAGCCUACUGAUCGGGAGAAGGGCCAUUACACCAUAGAAAUUCAUGACGGCAAAACUGCCCAUACCCGUUCCUUUGACCUCUCUGGACAAGCAUACAUUGAUGCCUAUGCUGAAUUCCAAAGACUCAAGGCUGCAGCAUUUGCAGAGAAAAACCGUGGCAGAGUAAUGGGUGGACUGCCAGACGUUGUCACCAUUAUGGAGCAUAAGACCCUGAGUUUGACAUGUACAGUAUGGGGUGACCCCAAGCCUGAGGUCACCUGGUUCAAGAAUGAACAGGAAGUUGUGUCUGACGACCACAAUCAGAUCUCUUUCGAGAGUGGCAAGUUUGCCAGCCUCACUAUUAAAUGUGUUACGGUGGAUGAUUCGGGCAAGUACAGCAUCAAUGUGCGGAACAAGUACGGUGGUGAGUUUGUGGAGAUCACCGUCAGUGUGUACAAGCUGGGUGAGGAGAUCCAUGAACCCAAAUUGGGACAGAUGGCAAAAUCCAUCACAGUACCCAAGUCCUCUGCACCACCCCCCUCAAAGCCCCAGACUCCUGCACCAUCCGUGAAGAGCCCUACCCCUUCCCCGUCUGUAAAAUCCCCAUCCUCACCUCCACCUCAAUCCGUAAAGUCCCCUCCCCCAACUCCCAAAUCCCCCACCCCACCUAGGAGUGCCAAGUCCCCAACUCCACCCAGAUUCAUGAGGUCCCCAACUCCCACCAAGAAGUAAACAAAAGGCUGUUACUGCCAGUAGAUGAUUUAGAUGUUGAUUAGGGUGCAUCAGUUGCCCUCACUUUUGUAAAAUCUGAUGCAUUUUUGUUUGGGUGUUCCUUUUCACCAAUAAAGACAUCCUGUAAAUUUUUUGACCAUAUUCAAAAGUCUAAUGGUGGCACCAUGAGGUUCAUUUUUUGCCAAAAAAUGCUUAUUUUAUGUUUUCGCGUAAGGUUUGAAUCACAAUGUUGGACUCCAUUUAUUGAUUUCUUGUGAGCCAGAGAUCAUGUUAAGAACCUUUGCAAGGGAUUGAGAAGCAUUAAUGUGAUUCAUAAUACAUUUGUAUUGUUUAAAAGUAGUUGAACAAUGAUUCAAUGAACAGCUAAAACUCAAAC